ACGAUUUUUCUUUUUUGUCGUCGUUUACCAAAUGUAAGAACUUGUGGGUUGUAUCGGAGCCCUGUAGAUAACAGAGCAGCGGGUGCUAAUUCUUCAAGAUUCACAAGUUGGGCUGCUUUUGGAUUGGCCUCAGGACCCUCAUACAACAAAAUUGGAGGUUUCUUUUUUCAGUUUUUUGGGAGUUGGAUAUUGAUGCCUGUUUAGUGUCGUGUUGUUCUGUGGAAGUAGUAUUUUCCAGCUUUUGAUGCUGAGAAUUGACAGCUGAAGUUCUGUUUUUGAUGAACUGGGCAUUGGAUUUUGGUUCAAGUUUGAGUUUUUUGUAAUCAAAUGCUGCUCUGAAUCUACAAAGGGUGUUUGAUUCAUUGGUUCAAAGGUUUUUUUUGUCUCCCCAAUUUUGGCUUCAUGGAUGUUUAUGGUUAUGGGGUAUUGAGAAUUGAAAGAGAGAGAAGAGUGUGUGUGGAGGUGUUAAGUUAGGCUUUCUUUGUUAGAAGGGAGGAUAUGGAUUUGUGGGUUGUUGCCGCAGCUGCCGGUGCUGGAUAUUUGACCAAGUAUUGGCAGAAACUUUCGAGGGAGAGGGAUAAGGAUGGCUUGUUAAAUGUUUCUUUUGGGGAUGCAAAUCUUGAGAAACCUGAGUCCCCAAGCUCUUCCCUCCGCAGACACAGGGCUAGAAAACCAGUUUCAGGUGAGAGAGUAGCGGAUGUUAACGUCUGGGGAGGUGUUUCUGACACCGAAGAGGCUUCUUCUAGUGGGUAUGAUGGUGAAAAGCUGGCAAGUCUGGUGAGUUACCAACAUUGCAAUGUACUUUCUCUAUCAAAUAUAUCACCAGUAUACCAAGCAAACAAAAAUGAGAAUGGAGAUGAAAGUAGGCAAAAUAAUGACUUUGAUGACAAUACUGGUGCCAUGUUACCUAAAUCUUCCAAUGGAGAAAAGGGUUCUUUUCAUGCUCCUCUGAGGAACAGAAGGUCUUUAAGAACUGAACAUUUACAUGGGCAUAUUGUUAAGCCUCUAAAUUCCUUAGAAAGUUGUCUGAUGGCUCAGUUAUAUAAAGAGCGUGCUGAAACAAGUGUCCUUACCCUUCCUUCACCAUCCACUCCAAGUAUGAGACCAUUGAUUGUGAGUGAUGGAAGCCGAAUAAUUAGCAGAGCAAAUGGUGACCAUUUCAGUGCUCAGAUUGGAAUCGAGGAAAAUAAGUUGCAUAAGGAAGACCAUUUAGAAACAAAUGAAAAUGCCUCUGGGAUUCCUCCACUACUAAAACUUGGUUGCCUGGAUCUCCCAAAGAAGAUGAAAAUUGAGACAGGAAAGGGGCAGACUGGUAGAUCCAACAGUUCCAGUCACACGGCCAGCAGAAAACACUUGCAUGUUGAAGGUUCACCAGAUGGAGUUGUUCUACUCUGUCUUGGGGUUUCUAUUGGCGUAAUAUCUUCUUUCAUUGCAAAUAGAAAGGAAGUUGACAAGUUGAAAGACGUAUUGAAGCAGACCGAAAGCUUGGUUGAAGAUCUGCAUGAAGAACUGGAAAUGAAAGAUUCAGUAACAGUGAAGGAGCUAACUAGUGAGAAUUAUGGGUCACAGGAUACUUGUGACAAUUUGGAUUUGAACAGGGCCCUAAAUCCUUUUUCUGCUGAACAGAAUAUGGACAAGUAUGAUGGUAGAGAUUCAUAUGAGCAGAAAGCUGAGGAGAGUUCAGAGUCGAUGAGUAAAAUAGAGGCAGAGCUUGAAGCUGAACUUGAGAGGUUGGGGCUAAACAUGAAUACUUCUACUUUGGAGGGAAGAGUAACUGAUCUUGAUGAGCUUGACCCAGACUUGAUGGCAGAUUUUGCUCAAGGCGAAUUGAGAGCUGAAAUGGUUGGUGGGCACACUGUUCCGCAACCCGAGUCAAAUGAGAAUGCAAGCAGCACCUCCACUGCUCAUCACUUUGGAAACUAUGCAGUUUCUCCUAGAGAGCUUAGCUUGCGUCUGCAUGAAGUUAUCCAAUCAAGACUGGAGGAACGUAUCCAGGAGCUUGAGGCAGCACUACAAAGCAGCCAGAAGAAGGUCCGCAUUGUGGAAUCAGAGGAUAAGGAUUGUUUGAGAAAUCUCUCAAACAGUUCUGUGCAGUCCACAAUCCGAGAUGGUAGCAACCAGAAGGAGGUCCGCAUUGUGGAAUCAGAGCAUAAGGAUUGUUUGAGGGAUCUCUCAAACAGUUCUGUGCAGUCCACAAUCCAAGAUGGUAGCAGCCAGAAGGAGGUCCGCAUUGGGGAAUCAGAGCAUAAGGAUUGUGUGAGGGAUCUCUCAAACAGUUCUGUGCAGUCCACAAUCCGAGAUGGUAGCAGCCAGAAGGAGCUCCGCAUUGUGGAAUCAGAAGAUGGUACUAAUUCCAAAGAACAAAGCCAAACCAUCAUAGAGCCUCUAGUCAUGAAUUUAGCAGGGGAAGCUCUAGAUGCAUACAAUGAGGCUUACGAAGAGUUGAUGAAGCUCAGUGAAUCGGAAGAGGAGGAUUCACCUUGUCAAGAUAUUGAAACAUUCCGAGAUCAAAUCCGCAAUCAAAGUUUUGAUGUGAAUGGCUCCAUUGGGCAUUUUGCUCUCGAGGAAGAGAAAUGGAUAGGGGAUGAGCACAUUUCCAUGGUUGAGUGUUCUGUCAGUGAGGGGGAGAAUACCAAUUCUGAUGAUGAGAUGGAGAAACAGCUAAUACUGCAGAUUGUGGAGAAGACCAAGAAAGGUUCUCCUGUAGUCCUGAAUGCACAAAAGUGGUUGUUUUCGAUGAAUGAUUAUGAUAUCUGAAUUUUAACCAAAUUAAGUUCUGCAAAAGUGUAUAGACUAUACAAAAAUAUAGGAGAGGUUAGGUAUUCUUGACUUUACAGCUUAACGAAUCUACCAACAAUUCCUUCUAACAUUGUUGGUUUCCUGAUGAUUUUUUUUGAACUCCUAAUUACCAAACA